AUGUCGGGCUUUUUGAUCAAUCAUGAGCCACCUACUCGUCUUGAGCGCUUCGUCCAGGACACUAUCGACUCAUUCAAAGGUUCCUUCGCAUUUCUCUUCCGCGGAAGCUGUCUCGAAUACUGGAUGCUUGAUCCCAAUGGUCAGGCCUAUACACUCUUCCUGGUGACGCUGCUAGGCGUCUCGACUUGGCUGCUCAUCCUGAACCGAAACUCAAAGACUGGUGUGGCUUCAAAGUCCGAGCAGAACUGGUCGGAGAGCGAAAUGGCUGGGGAGAUGGAUAUCGACGGCGAGGAGUAUCAUAGCGACGAACACCGACCAUUCACUCCGCGUCCCUCGUCUUACCCCCGCGAAGAAACACCCAUCAUGCGCAAGCUAGCACCUCCUCAUCAUCGUCCCGUCAACGCACACAUCGAAGGCUCACCUUUUCGAGUCAAACAAUCUCUGGGACCUCGCAUUCGUCAAUUCUUACCGUCCGCCCAUCAGGCUCCCUCUCCAAUCAACCCCAGGCUUUCCAAAGCUUUCUCGACUAGGCCUCAGCGCGAUAGCUUCUCGAACCUCGACAAUGACACUCCGGUAGCCAAUAAGACUCUCCAGGAAACCAGCCGGGUUGAUGCGGGCGACAUCUUUGAGGGGCGGAAGACGCAGAGCCCGGUGGUUGCUCACUGGUCAAAUGAGGGCGGUCAGCGUUAUGAUCGAGCGACCUUGAGGCGCGAGGUGGCUACCAAAUAUCUUUCCUAA